GUACCGCAAAGAAAUUUGAUCAACUGUACUCUUCGCUCUCUUGACAUUGGAGAAGGCACCUCCUCACCAGAAGCCUGGAAUUCCUUCUCAACUGGUGAAAAACGUUCCUGUUCAAUAUCCCGAUUUCGGAAAACUCAUAUGAUCUUUUUUCUCAACAGCAGUAGCAGCAUCGUGGCUAAGUGCAUGAUUCCAAGCAUCUUCUCAUAA